UCAAGAAUAUUAAUGCUGGAAGAGCGUUCAGUUUAUACUUAGUGCCUCAACGAAGAACAGUGUUAUGGUUUCGAAAAUGUGGUCAGAAGAAUAAUGUGGAAGUUUUAAUAAACACCCAACUCACAAGAGUGUUUUUAUAGAUAGUAAGUUCGUCAGUUUCCUGAAUUUCUUGACAAUAAAGGCACCACUUAGAUCUAGGAAGAUGUCACGAAAAAACACGAUACUAAUUGCGGUCACAACAGUAGUAUGCACAAUAAUAAAUACGACGUUAGCGAAAAUCCCCACAAAAUGUGAAGGCGGAGGAGGGCUGAAAUAUCUAUGGGGUGAUGCACUAAUGGACAGCCCAAACUGUGUGGGUCCAGACAAUAUGCCAUAUCCAACUGCAGCCAUUGAAAGAUCCUUCAGAGGAUCCAGCCCGUGGAUGGGAAGUGCACGAACAGGACGAUCUCAAAGGACGAUAGAUCCUUUCCUUACGAGGAAAGCGUUGCUGGGAGCUUACGAACAUAGUACAGGACAUGAACCUGUUAUAAGCAGACAAGCACGAAAUGCGAAUGUUUCUCCUGCCAAUAUGUGUGCAGGAACACCAGCAAGACUGUGCAAAACCCGAUAUAACACCACCGCUCCAAUGUAUGGUGUAUCUUUAACAUCAGGACAACCAGUGACAAUCGUACAAAAAUUUCCUGAUCUGUUACAACAAGUAGUUUUCGAGGUUUGUGAAAGUUCUGAAUGUGAUGUAGUUAGAGGCGAAUGUACGCAAACGUAUGUUCCUUAUUUGUUUUUGGUAAUUCCUUUGGGACCUGUAACCCUUACUGGGCAAGAUUAUGUGCUGGUGGAGAGUGGGUGUGUAUGCAGGCCAAAAUACGCAUCUCAAACUAAUCAAGAAGCCAGUGCAAUGUCUUCGAUACCCAGACUAUGAUAGAGAGGAGAACAGUGUGAAUGGAAAGUUGUAUGUUAAAGUGCUACACAAAUCGCAAUGUGCUCAUAUUUAUUUAACUUUGUAAGAUAUUUAUUUUUUAAUUUAAAUUUUAACUGUA